UUGAAAAACUGAAUUCACCAAUGUCAUUAACGGCCAAAGAAGCGUUUUCAAAACUUCCACAGAAGCUUCAUACCUUCUUUAUCAAGUACCCACCAAGACCAUUUGCCUCGUAUGCAGAGAAACCAUCGACGAUAAAUGACCCGGCCAUGAACCCGUUUUUACCAAACAAAAACCCGGAAACUGGCAGAUGGCAAGGAUCCAAGUAUUCUUUGAGAAGAUCAGCUGAUUUGUUCAAGUUGGCUUACAAGUUCGGUGUGCACGACUUGUUACCUCCAUUGCCCAAGAAGUUCUAUGACGACAAGUACGACAACAAGAACUGGAUGAGAGGCGUGUUGAACCACAAGAUGCAUAAAUGGGAGAGAAACUUGGAAGAUAAAAUACAGGCCAAGAAGGAAGCCAUUGCCAAUAUGGACAAGACGAUUGUAGAAGCCAGACCAAGCUACAAGAAGCAACUUCACAAGAGGCAAAGUAGAAAGAGAACUUGGUGGUAACACCUGUAUAACCUUGUAUAUAUUAAUGAUAAGUAUUCUAAACACAGUUGUGGUAAGGCCAGCCGUGGGGUCGUAAAACUCUGUACAAAGUUACCUUUUUUGUUGAACGGUCAUAAUGUCGUUAAACACCUCUUCUCUUGAAAGGCUUGGGUUUGUGACUACCUUUGGAAACACUUCCGCUGGUCCCCUUACUCUUCGUGUUUUGCACACACUUGGCCAACACCGCAUCCAAGUUCAAAUCCUCCGGCAACAACACCUGGCGGAUCUGAUUACCUCUGAUAUUCAUGUAGUUCAAGAACUGAGCGUCUUGGUGUGGUUGAAUAAGCUUGAUGUUUUUCAACGCCAAGUUCAUCGUGGGGGAGCAAGAAAGAACCUGGCCGUUCACGGAGUUCCCGUUCUUCAACUCCACCGUCACCGGGUGACUGGUAGAUCCCGGAAGGUGCAUUAGAAACGAUACCAACUUCAUGUGUGGGUGAG